GCAAUUGCCGGUUCUCGGCUGUCAGAGCAUGAGGUAAGUACUGCUGAGAACUGGCAGUUGUCAGAGGGGGGAUCGACACCGAUCAUCAGGGCACUGAUAAUGAGUGCCCUGAUGAUUGGUGCCCAGCAGUGCCACCCACCAGUUCCGCCCACCUUUGUGCCAGUCAAUGCCCAGCAGUGCCGCCAGUCAGUGCCCAGCAGUGCCGCCAGUCAGUGCCGCCUAUCAGUGCCACCUCAUUAGUGCUGCCUAUCAGUGCCCUUCAGU